GGGUAAGGAUGCAUAUCCCACAGUGACUAUCUAGUAUUCAAGACCGGCCUGAAGAUAACGUCUAUCAUCCCGUCAUAUGCCGAAUAGAUUAUCGAAUGUUCAAUGCAGGGCACAAGGCUACGGGAAUGCUAAGACCCCCGACGGUAAUACUACGCAAGCUUCUUAACGCCAAAAAUACCGCCCAAGAAAGGUUUACAGGCUGCGCAUUAGAAUGUCUACCUUUCCUCCAAAAAGCCUCCGAACAGAACAUAUGUAUAUUUUGUAGAAUUGCAUGGUUUUCUAACAACCUUCAAUCAGCCAGCCUAUUUUCAACCCAGCUUACACCGCGCAUCCUAUAUCCUACUGCCUCGUCUCUAACUGUUGGAGAACAUUGUGGAAGAAAAUUAGAAUUCUAUGUUCUUGUUUAAGCAAGAAACUAAAGGCUGGGGAAGAAAGGAACAGGAGUAGGCGCCUCCUCGCCGCUAUAUGUACAAACUUCCUGAUUCAUGAAGGAAACCCUUUCCCAAUGGGAUCACCGGUACUCCCGUAACUCAGACAGCCCCUUAUACCACUGCCCUUUCAUUCUAGAAUCCCCGUUUGCGAAUAGAAUGCUCACUUGACUACCCCGCACCCUACCCUCUAACACAAUCUCCCUCCCUUAAAUAUCACUCCAUUCUCUCCUCCCACCUUAAAAAAAAAUAACGAUACUCAUCUACAAACCAUGGCUCCUACAGGCCAAAUUCUCCUCUUUGGAGAUGUCCACGUUGACAAGCUUUCAGCUCUCAAAACACUUUUCUCUCACUCUCAGACUCACCCACAGCUGAGAGACUUCCUACGAUCUGCCUGUGAUGUCAUACAAUGUCAAAUUUCCACCUUGCUUCCAGCAGAACGAGGAGUAUUUGGGCGCUUCGACGAUCUUCUCGAGUUAGGCGAACGAUAUGCCAAAGAAGAGUUCCCAGAUGAGAUGGUUAGCUAUGUUCUCAUCACCACCAUACAAGUUGGUGACCUACUCCUUCACAAAUCAACCGAAAAUAACAACAAUACACAUCAUCUCGGUCUUUGCAUCGGUCUUCUUGCAGCUUCAGUGGCAGCAGUAGCGAGUGAUACAAGUGAAAUUGCCAAGCUUGGAACUGAAAUCAUAGCCAUAAGUCUGCGACUAGGUGUUGCCAUACGCCGGCGAUCGCGAUGUAUCGAAGACACGAACAAAUCAUGGGGCUGUACGUUGUUUGGUCUUGAGUUCUGGGACCUCGAGAAGAAGUUGGAGGAGUUUAAUAAGAAUUUCCCAAAGCCAAGAUGGGCAUACGCAGGCGUAUCCACAAAGUCGUGGACCACCAUCUUUGGGCCUCCAUCUACACUGGAAAAUUUACGCACCGCCAUUGACGUGCCAAACAAAUUACUCACCUCAGCCAUUGCGGCUCACGCCUCGCACCUCGUGCAGCUCGAUAUCCCCUUGAUUCUUGGAAAUUCGCCUAUUCUCGGCUCCGCACUCCCACGCAAAUCAUUGCUCGUCUCAAUAAGCACCGGCUUGCCAUAUCCAGCAGUAUCGCUACGCGAACUUCUCCACGCAAUUGUGGACGAUAUUGCACAUAAACCGAUGUGGAUCGACAAGACAGUCGAGGGUCUUGCUUCGAUUAUCAGUCCUGAUAGGGAUUCAGAAAUCGUAUUAACGACUCUGGGACCGUGUAGCCAUGCAGGAAUGGUGCAGAAGAUAUUAGCACCUUUUUUCUCCGCCGUUAACAUCAGCGCUCUCACCGGCUCUCAUGAAGGCUCAGAUACCGCAAAUUCACGUGGUAUAUCGAAUGAUAUCGCCGUGAUCGGUAUGUCCGGUCGCUUUCCAUCUGCGGAAGAUGUGGAAGAAUUCUGGGAGGUGUUACAAGCCGGAAAGACAUCACACGAAACGAUCCCUCCCUCUCGCUUCUCCAUCUCCGACUUCCAUGACCCCACCGGCGAAACCAAAAACUCCCUCAUAACUACCCACGGCGCCUUCCUCCGCCACCCCGGCCUUUUCGACAACAAACUUUUCAACGUCUCCCCCAAAGAAGCCCUUCAAAUGGACCCUCUACAACGACUCCUCCUUCUCUGCACCUACGAAGCCCUCGAAAAGGCAGGGUAUGCACGUGACUCCAGCACCUCUACUCACCCCUCUAAAAUUGGCACAUAUUUUGGCCAAACCGUCGACGACUGGAAAGACAUCAAUGCCCAGAUGGGAAUCGAUACUCAUUACCUGCCCUCUCUAGACCGGGCAUUUCAUCCCGGCCGAGUAGCGCAUUAUUUUAAAUGGGGCGGAGGCUUUUACAGUGUUGAUACGGCCUGUUCGUCUAGUUUGACUUGUGCACAUCUCGCCUGUGAAGCUCUCAAUAAUCGUGAACUAGACAUGACAAUUGUGGCUGGUGGAUCAUUGCUUGGGGCCCCAGAAAUUUUUUCCGGAUUGGGCAAAGGUGGGUUUUUAUCUGCGACUGGUGGGUGCAAAACUUUCCACGAUGAUGCGGAUGGGUAUUGUCGGGGCGAAGCGCUCGGUGUUGUGGUUUUGAAAAGGUUAGAAGACGCAGUGAGAGAAAAUGACAACAUUCUUGCUGUGAUUAAGGGAACGGAAAGAAACUCGAAUGCAGGCGCGGCAUCGAUUACGUAUCCGGGGCAAGAGGCACAGGAAAAAUUGUUUGGGAGGCUGUUGAGAAAGGCUAGCGUUGAUCCACAUGAUGUAGGGUUUGUGGAAAUGCAUGGGACAGGGACGCAGGCGGGGGAUAAUGUCGAGAUUAAUUCUGUGAGGAAGGUGUUUGCGCAGAAUCGGGGCAGGGAUAAUCCGCUGAAUAUUGGGGCUGUAAAGGCGACUGUUGGACAUAGUGAAGCAGCGGCGGGAAUUGCUUCACUCAUUAAAUCAUUGUUGAUUCUGAGAGAAGGAAGUAUUCCAACGCAGCCUGAUUGGCCCUUCAAGCUUAAUCACAAGUUCCCUGAUUUGGAAGCGUCGAAUAUCAUGAUUGCAGAUGGUAAGGGACGACUGGUGCCAAGACCGAAUGGUGACGGCAAGAGAAGAAUCGUGGUUAAUUCUUUCGAUGCUGCGGGGGGUAAUACUAGUCUCCUAAUUGAAGACGCACCUCGAAGGGUGUCGAAGAGUCCUGAUCCACGAUCCCAUCACGUCAUCACAGUUUCGGCUCGUACCUUAACCUCCCUCGCAGCAAACACGAAGCGCCUAAUACAGUACCUAAAAAUGAACCCAGAUACUACGAUAGCUGAUUUGGCUUAUACAACAACUGCUCGUCGCCAACAUGAGCUCUACCGAGUAGCAUUUGUAAGCGAGUCAAUUAGCGAACUAUCGAAGCAACUCGAUUCAAGCACAGAGCCAGAACUACCACCAAAGUCCGGCCCAUCACUUAUAUUCGUAUUCACAGGCCAAAGCUCGCAAUACACUGGAAUGGGCAAGUUACUAUAUGAAACUUCACCAAGAUUCAAGCAAACUAUCGAUACGUACCAAUCUCUCUGUGACAGUCAAGACCUUGCUUCCUUUAUUGACAUCAUACGCGGAACGCAAGAUGUGAAAAAUGCAACAGCUGCUCAACUUCAACUAGCUAUUGUCGCAUUAGAAAUUGCUUUGGCCCAUUACUGGGAGUCUCUCGGCCUCAAACCACGUUUGGUAAUCGGACAUAGUCUUGGCGAAUACGCCGCGCUGUGCAUUGCUGGUGUGUUAUCCAUCAGUGAUACUCUGUUUCUAGUAAACAAGCGAGCCACAUUGAUGGAGAAGCAAUGUGGACCUGGGACUUCUGCUAUGCUAGCUAUUGCAUUACCGAAAGACAAAAUCUCGGAAUUUUUGAAGACUCGGCUAUCCUGUGCAAUAUCCUGUUUGAAUAGUCCUUCUAGCACGGUUGUAAGUGGCCCAACAGAGGAGAUAAAAUUGCUCCAAAUUGAGCUCAAGGAGAAAAAAGUCCAAUCCUCAUUCCUUCCAACUGAAUUCGGAUUUCAUUCUCAGGCAAUGGAUCCUAUUCUCGAUGAUUUCGAGCUGGCAUCGAAGAGAGCACACUUCAUGAAACCUAAAAUUCCAGUCGCUUCAACUUUGACUGGUGAUGUGAUUAAUUCUGAAGGAGUAUUCAAUGCUACUUAUCUGCGACGGCAAAUUCGCGAACCAGUCAAAUUUAUGAAAGCAGUACGAGCAUGUGAGUCAGAGGGAUUUAUCAGCAAUAGCGACGUCAUUCUAGAAAUAGGUCCACAUCCAGUGUGUAUCGGACUUAUCACACAGAGUGUAUCAGAUGCACAACCUAGUUGUCUCCCAUCACUGCAUCGCAGCAAAGAUAACUGGAAAACAAUUUCAGAGGCCAUUACUGCUGCACAUAUUGCCAAGCUUCCUGUAAUUUGGCAUGAAUUCCACGCCGAUUAUCUUAAUAGCGUCAGAUUAUUAGAUUUACCAACAUAUGCUUUCGACUUGAAGGACUACUGGGUACCAUACCGAGCGCAAUUACCAGCAGCUCCUCAAACCCAAGCUAAGCCUACUCUCUCAACAACAUGUCUGCAGAAAUUAGAAUCUCUAAAUCUCGAUGACGAUCACGUAUCAGCUAUCUUCACAUCUCAGGUCUCUGAGCCACAUCUCUACAAAGCCAUUCGUGGCCACGUUGUAGAUGACGUUGCAAUAUGUCCCGCUAGCGUGUUCUGCGAUAUGGCAUAUACAGCUGCCAAAUUUGUUCACGAGCAAGCUGAUAUCGAAGCAGAUUUAGCUAAUUUGGAGCUGGUUGAUCUUAAUAUGACGCAUGCGCUUGUUGUUCAUUCGAAAGAUACGGAACAAAUAGUUCAUGUUUCUGCCGAUCUUAACUCCACGCAAAAGAUCAUCUCCAUUACUUUUAGCUCUAUUGGAAACUCGAGCACUAUGGCAGAACAUGGUACAUGUCGUAUUGUUGUCAACGAAAGAAAUUUCCAGGAAGCGGAAUGGUCACGGAUGCAACGGCUCGUCAAAAGUCGGGUUAGCAGUUUAGAGAACUCUAAAACCGCACACCACAUGACUAAAUCCCUGAUCUACAAGCUCUUCUCAACCCUAGUUGACUACGAUAAAUCUUACCACGCAUUAUCAGAAAUCUCCAUCGAAGAAAACUUCGAGGAUGCCGCAGCCACCAUGGUUUUCAAACAGGAUCCAGAACUAGGCUCAUUCACGCACAGUCCGUACAUUGUAGAUGCACUCGUACAUCUCGCAGGACUGUUGCUAAAUGUCGAUCCCGCGAAACCGAAAACAGACCUGUAUAUUGCAGGAAAUAUCGGACGCAUGUGCAUCAUGGGCGAUUUGUUAAAAAACCAACAGUGCACAGCCUAUGUGACGAUCCGAGAAAGAACCAACAAAGGCGUUUGUUUGUGCGACGUGUAUGUCUUUGCAGACACGAAACUCGUGGCAAUAUGCACCGAUAUCAAGUUCCAGCGAUUAAGCAGAGAUAUAUUUGGCAUAAUGCUGGGGAAAGAACAAUCAUUUGAUUCUUACCCAGGUCCUCGCAAAACUCGAUCCCCGCACAAGGACAAGGAAGAUUCCGCUUCUUCAGUAGAUGAUUCGUCGGAAAAUUUUUGGGUUCCGACGCUAGCAUCAGAUACUAGCUCGCAAACCUCAGUUGAGGCUCUCGAUCUAUCUUCCAUCUUCCUUAAUACUAUCGCUGCAAAAACAGGAGUUAGUAUAUUAGAGAUGGAAGAUAAUUCCAGCUUUGAGGAUUUGGGAAUAGAUUCACAAAUGAGCAUUUCUAUCAUUGCAGAUUUUAGAAAAAGAACUGGGGUUGAGCUCCCCGCCGCAUUUUUCUCGAAUUUUCCCACUGUGAUAGAAGCGAAGGGGGAGCUUGACAGUGUCUCUGAGAACAUACCAAUACUAACGUCAAAACCAAUGAUCAAACAAGAACAGCGAAAGAAUCUAGCAGCUAAGCACCAAAUAUCAUCCAGCCCAACGCAAGCUCAGAACAACAAGAAAUCAAAAAGCACAUCUGAGACUGUUCAAAGUACUGUUUUAUUCAAAAUCGUUGCAGCAGAAUUGGGACUAGAUAUUACCGAGUUAACACCUAGUACUGAAUUUGCUGAAAUAGGAGUUGAUUCCAUGCUCAGUAUCAAAAUCCUCUCAAUCUUCAAAAAGAAAUCGGGAACCGAACUCCCAGCAGCAUUCUUCAACAGCAAUCCUACCAUCGCCUCAGCACGAGACGAACUCGACGGAGCCCCCUCAUUCCAAUCAUACCACAUUGACACCUCAGAAUUCCAACCCAAACUCCCCAAAUCCCGUGUAAUCCUCAUCCAAGGCAAAUCCCACUCCAAAGCCACCCCCCUUUUCCUCGCUACCGACGGCUCCGGCGCGGUAACACCCUACAUCCACUUCCCCGCUCUCCCUCACGGCCGUAAGAUCUACGCCCUGGAAUCGCCAUUCCUAGAAAAUCCAGACGAAUACACUCUUUCCAUCCACGAGAUGGCCGAUAUCUUCAUCACCGCGAUCCGCACCAUCCAGCCCCACGGUCCAUACUUAAUCGGUGGCUGGUCCGCAGGCGGUAUCUACGCAUAUGAAAUUGCACAUCGCUUAGCCAUGGUCGGGGAGACAAUCACCGGACUCGUAAUAAUAGAUACACGUAUCAAUGUCUCUGUUCCCAUAGCAGAUGUAACCAUGGAAUUUAUCGAGCGUUUCGGGAUAUUCACCGGUGUGGGGCGCGGAAACCUCUUAUCGGGAUUAUCGUUGCAGCAAAAACAGCACCUGACAUCCACCGUUCGCGCUCUCUGUAAAUACGAUGCUGUGCCUUUUCCGGCUGGGAGAGCACCGCGCAAAACACAUAUUAUUUGGGCGAGUAAGGGGCUGAAUGAUAGUGCGAAUCCGGAGGAGAGGGACGAUCAGAUUACGGGAAAGGCGGCAAUGAGGCCGGGGAGCGGGGGGAAGAAUAUGAGUGAGAUGGAGCUGGGGGAUUUUGAGAGGGAGUUUAAGAGUUGGUUUUUUGGGAAGAGGAGCGAUUUUGGGACGAAUGGGUGGGAGGAGUUGUUGUUGAAGGGGGAUAUUAAGGUUCAUAAGGUUGAUGCUGAUCAUUUUUCGAUGGUUGUGCCGCCUUGUGUGAAGGAGUUGGGCUCGGUGUUGCUGGAGAGCAUUGAAGAUUUUGCGAGAAUUGAGGCGGAGGAAGAAUAGAGUAGAUUGGUGAUACUAGUUCGAUAUAUAGAAGUCUAGAAUGGAAUAAAUUUGCAGUUAUAUUUAGAUUCUUGUUUAACCAAUUUACUAGCUUAUUCCGAAAUGAACUACA